GUAAUACCUAUGUAUAGUAUUUGUGUGUCUGGCGUCGACCCCACUCAGUGUUGUUCGCAAUGUCGCGUUCCGUGGCCGGUUUUGUUAUAUUUCUCUAUGUCUGCACCGUCUCAGGUCAGCAGUACCCUGUGUAUCGGUUGAAGGGUACUCCAACCGACCCAAGCAUUGCCAUCGGUGUCAUAUCAGGCGGCUAUUACCCACCUUACAGCUUCAGUAUUGGUCAUGGUGAUGACAACGAAAACGGAGAUGGAGGUCCAGGGGCUGAUUAUGGUGUGAAUAAUGGAAACAGAGGAAAUGGACAAUCUGCCAAUGGAAGCACAAGACCUCCACAGAGUGAAGGUGGUUACGUUCACGGGCAAAAUGAUAUCAAUAACUAUGGUCAGAAUCCAACCACUGACUAUGAUGUACGGCACCAGUAUCCUGCUCCCGAUUCUAAUGGUCCAUUUCAAAACCCAGGACGGAAGCCAACUCAUCCCUACGAUGCUGGUUACAACCAAAACAACGACGUUCCUGUUAGAAAUUCUGCACCUAGAAACAGAUUCUUUCCCCGUAUCUUUGAAUAUAUUUUUAGUUUUUUUGGGUAAUUUUCAUUUUCACGUUUAUGUUUUGAAACAUCAGAUUACGCAGCGUGUGUUAUAAAAUAAAUAUGAAAUAAUAUAUACAUACGUUCAAUAUGCAAAAGUAUAAUAUGAUGUUGUAAAUAUAUAGCACUGGUAAUGAGUUACUCAUACUCAUAUAGUAACAGUUUUAUAAUUAUUUUGCUUUUAAUAUUAAAGACAUAACAUAACAUCACGCCUUUUGUUCCCGAAGGGGUAGGC